AUGAUAGAGGGUGCGCGAGAAGUGGAGCAAGCGGAGAAAGAGAAAUUGGGUGAGGGUGAACGCGCAGAGAUAGAAAGCUUUAGCGAUACCAUCGAGGGAUGGAAAGCAUGGUGUAAUGCGGGACUCGCGAGAAAAUACUUCUCGGAGUUGGAUCCGAAUUUCAAUGACACGUUCAGAGCAGUCGAUUCAGGUGCUCGCAAACUUGUGGGAAUGGAACGUCGUAGCGUCAUACUGACAGCAGUUUUCGGAACAGUUGCAGCUCUCGCAAUUUUAAUAGCACUUGCAUUAGCGAUGUGGCAUUAUCUCCGCAAAAAGUCCAAGCAACGGGACGACGAUCUCGAAGAUCAGAAUGAAAAUGGCGACGGUUCGAGUCAACAGCAACCUACCAAGAAAAAUGGUUUUCUGAAUCUGAAGACACCUCUUAUCAGCACAAAAGCUCUUGGGUGAGUGAUCUUUUUUUCAUUUCGCGAAAUAGCCGAGAGAAC